CAAACAAGUUGGGAGAAGCAGAAAGCAAGACUACUGCGAAUCAAUAAGCUCACCUCAAAAGAGUGGUUUAGUAAAGCAUAUACACAUACACACAUACACAUACAUACACACAUAUAUCCACACAUACACACAUACACACAUACAUGCACACAUAUACUCACAUACACACACGAUACUCGGAGUAUGUGUAUAUCUAUGUGUGUGCAUGUAUGUAUGUGUAUGUGUAUAUGUAUGCAUAUAUGUAUAUACAUAUGUAUGUAUGUGUGUAUGUAUGCAUAUAUAUAUGUAUACAUGUAUGUAUUAUGUAUGGAUGUAUGUAUGUAUGUGUUUGCAGUAUGCGUGUAUGCAUAU